UACUUAAGCAACUUUUAUAGCAUGAUUUAAAAUCAUUAAGAGAAAAAGUUUACACUUAGUUAAUGGCGUUGCGUUUUAUUUAAAAAACGCGAUGAAAAAUGAAAGCUUCAAAAUCGAGUUGAUUUAAUCUCCACAGUGUUUCAAAAACACAAAUAUUAGAAGCUUUUAAAAUGAUGGGCGUGAGUAUUGUUGGAAUAAUGCUAUUGAUAACAUUAAUUGUGGGACUUUUUUCGCCAUUUACAGCUUUUUCACUUUCACAAGAAAAUUCACCAAAAAUCACCUUGUUUCAGUUCAAUGUUGUUGAUGUUCCUGGAAUUAAGAAGUCUAAAAGGUUGGAGCUUGAAUGUAUUGCUACCGGUAAACCAGAACCUGAUAUUGAGUUUCAAUUAAAUGGUGCAAAUUUAAUAAAUGGAUCAAGAAUAACCCAAAUUUCUAAAAAUAAAAUUAUAAUAGAUGAUGUAACAUACCAAAAUGAUGAUGGGAAAUAUAAAUGUGUUGCAAUUAAUGAUUAUGGAAGAGAUUUUUCUGAAAAUGAAGUUAAAAUAAAAACUAUUGGCAAAUUUGAUCCGCUAUAUCAAGAGAAAGAUCGGCCUAUUGAAUUAAAAGUGAAGUUAGGUUUGCCAAAAGAAGUAUUCUGUCCCCCACAUAGUUAUGCUUAUCCAAAACAAUACUUAUGGAGUUUUGGAACCAGAAUACAACCUAUUAAGAGUGAAGGUAACAAAAUUUUAAUGAGUAGUGGCUCAGGUUUAUUUUUUUCUGUCGUAACUGAAAAAGAUAUACAAGAUGUUAACAAAAACGGUCUUCGCUGCGUCCUUAAAAUGGGAGAAGUAACUGCUUUAUCUGUUGCUCAUAAUUUUGUUUUGGACGGAAAUGUAACAAAUGAAUCAAUGCCAACAUUUCAUUUAAAACUUCCUAGUCAAACAUUUGCUCCUCAAGGUCAAGAAGUUACUCUUCUAUGUGUUGCAACUGGAAACCCCCAACCAGAAAUAAGAUGGUUUCGAAAUGGUGCUUUGAUAAAUGGGAAUGAUUCUAAGUAUGUUGUUUUUCCUUAUCAAUCUGGUAAGUUGACAAUAAAAAGUCUUGACAGUUUUGUGAAAGGACAGUACAAGUGUUUGGCAUCAAAUAAAGUAGGUCAAGUUGAAUCAAUUGGCGAUGUUCUAAUUGCCAUUCCAGUGAGUUUUAAUAAAAGCCUUAUACCUACUGUUGUCACCAAUGGAGGCAAUGUAAGUAUGGAAUGUUCAGCUACAGGAACUGAACCGAUAGUUUAUGAAUGGUAUAGAAAUGGAAGCCUCUUAACAUCGUAUGCUUCUGGAAAUUAUUCGAUGGUAAUUAAUGGUGGGAAACUAGAAAUCAAUUCUGUUCAAUUCGCUGAUGCUGGAUCUUAUCAAUGCUUUGCGUCGAAUAAAUAUGGACAACAAACUAGUGCGGCUAUUUUAACCGUUAAAGCCACAAAUGUAGUAGAUCCAGGAAGUCGGCAUAUUACAUCUAACAACAAUGUUUUUCCACUUAAGUACAUUAUUAUAAUUGCCUGUGCAACAGCUUCAUUAAUUAUUUUAAUAUUUGGAACUAUACUAGUUUGUCGUUAUAAAAAGAAAUAUAAGAAUCACAAAAGAGCUAUUUAUGUACCGUCUACAAGAAGAAGUAAAAAAAACUCUAUUGAUCUUCCUUCACCUCCAAAAUCAUUUACUGAAUAUAGUGAUGAUGAAUUCUCAUCAGACAGCGAGAAACCGGUUGAUUUUAUUGAUUCAACGACUGUACCACGGCAAAAUUAUAAUCGCAGAAUAGAAAAUACAGUACAGCCUAAUAAGGAUUUGCAUAUUUACUGCGAUAUAACAAACAUUCAAACUGAAAACCCACAAAGCAAUUCUUUGACUACUAAUCAAUGGAGGAACAGCACUCCAUCUGCUAUUCUAUAAAAAAAAAUAGUUUUUUAGUGUAA